AUGGCGAGCAACCGCCCCGAUGACCAAGAUGGUCUUACUAGCGAGUUCAUGAGAAUGACCAAUACUUCAGCUGAGCAGGCUACCCAAUACCUUUCUGCUAACGGCUGGGACCUCGCUUCUGCCGCUCAUUCAUACUUCGCCGACGAGGAAGAAUCUAUCCCGGAGGUGCCAUCCGACGAGGCACCAUCCGACGAGGCUUGGACCGGCCCCCGUACCUUGUCUGGUCGCCCCGUGUACGACUCACCAUCUACCGCACCCAGCUCAUCUAAGCGGCCAACGAAGAAGAAGGGGCUUGCUACAUUAAGUUCUCUAGGUGGUGGCCAUGGGCAUGACGAUAACGACGAUGAUGAUGACGAUGAUGACGACGCACACCGAGACACGUAUGCGGGAGGAGAGAAGAGUGGACUUGCCGUCCAGGAUCCGAACCAGCGCACCGAUCCGAAGCGAAUUAUCAACGAUCUUCUUGCCAAGGCUGAAAGACGGCCCGAGGCUUCUUCCCAGGCUGGACCCUCUAGCUCGUCCUCUUUUCGCGGCUCUGGACAAACUUUAGGUGGUGAUGGUGCCCCAAGUCGCACCAUUCCCAAUCCAAGCGGACAUUCUGCACCUGGUAGCCGUACACUACCGCAGGGUGCCCAGGCUCAGGAACGAACAUUGCAUCUUUGGCGCGACGGUUUCAGCAUUGACGAUGGAGAACUACGUCGAUUUGAUGACCCUGAGAAUGCCGAUGCUCUGCGCAUGAUCCAACAGGGUCGUGCGCCUAUUCAUCUUAUGAACGUGAGAUAUGAUGAACUACUCGACGUCAAGCUUCAACAGCAUGAAGAAAAUUACCGACCUCUUCCUAAAGUCUACAAGCCCUUCGGCGGUGAAGGUCGUCGCCUCGGUAGUCCCGUACCGGGCGAGUCUGCAACUGCCGUGCUUCCUACCCUAGCGACCUCGAACACACCCGCUGCCACACCGUCAUCAGCACCACCUCCCAGCACCUCCGCGGACCAGUCGCAACCUACGGUCAUGAUCCGUAUUCAGAUGCCAGAUGGUACACGACUACCGGCUCGUUUCAACACCUCACAGACGGUCAACGACGUAUACGACUUUAUAACUCGAUCGUCGCCCGAACUAAGCGUAGGCGGAUGGGUAUUGGCUACGACAUUCCCCAACAAGGAUCAUACUGAUAAAUCUUUGGUUCUGGGGGAUAUGGCUGAGUUUAAGAAGGGUGGCACUGCUAUGGUCAAGAAAAAUAAGUAAACACUUAUAGUAUUAUUUGCAUGAACUUGCUGGGUUAUCAUCGCUAAAGAGAGCUAGACUUUGCAGAUAGACGACUAAGUGCACUAUAGCCCUAUAGAUGUCUACUACCUAGGCAGCUAGAUAAGAAACUGAGUAAUUAUGUCGCUCAUUGCGAUGGCUUGAUAAACUUCAACUUCUUUCUCUCUUGCGUAGUUUAGCUUUCUGGUUGCGUCUACAA